AAAAAGAAACGUAAUCAAUUGGGGGUUAUACAUAUUAUCUUAAUAAUAUGCAACGUAUUAUUAAAUCGCUCUUGUAUUUUUACUUAUAAAAUCCAGAUUUUUUUUUAAUAGAUUAUGUUUUUCAAUAUAAUAACAGGAAUGAAUUUUAAAUUCCCAAUUUUUAUAAUUUUAUCAAUUUUAUUGAUGCAAUCUGUGCCACAUGAAGGUGCAAAAGGUAAUAAAAAAACCAAAUCGGUAACAACACAUUUAGAUGCAAAAUGGAAUGCAACACCGAUUGUAUUGGAAGUAGCCGAAUAUCUUGCCGAUGAAAAUAUCGAUUCGUUUUGGAACUUUGUUGAUGCAAUCUGUAAUUUAGAAAAACCCUUAGUGGAAAUAGAAAAUGAUAAAGAGCGGUAUGAAGUAGUUAUUUCUGUAGCAUCAAAAUUUUUAUCUGGACCCGAAAUAUCCCUAUUGAAAUUCGGAUUAUCGUUACAUAUUUACUCUCCCAAAGUAGAAAUGUUUGAUCAGAUGGCAAAAGAAAGAAAUUUACCAGAAUGUGAUACGGUAGCUGACAUUGGAGGAAAAUUAGCUUGUGGUGUUGAAGAAAUGAAUACGAUUAUUAAACAAACUCCCGAAGGAAAAAUUGGAACUUUUAACUUAGAUCAUCAUUUUAUUGGAUCUGAAAAUAAUUCACUGUCCGUGGUACUUUAUGGAGAAUUAGGUACUGCUGAAUUUGCACGUUUUCAUCGUGCGAUAAAACAACAUGUACUUAGUGGAAAAAUUGAUUAUGUUAUUCGUCAUUUUGUAAAAAGUCGACCGAAUCGAAGACUCCGACUCUCUGGUUAUGGCGUAGAAUUACAAAUGAAAUCUACCGAGUAUAAAGCAGAGGAUGAUACCAAAAUCAAAGAAGAUGGAACGAACGAAGAUCAAAGUUCUGAAGAUGAAGACGAAGAAGUGGAUGGAUUUAAUGUUCAUAAAUUAAAAACACUUUAUCCCGAUAUGGCAUCAAACCUAGACAAAUUUCGUCAAUUCCUAAUCGAAUCAUCGAGUGAAAUGGCUCCAUUAAAAGUAUGGCAAUUCCAAGAAUUAAGUUUACAAGCCGCUGAACGUAUAAUGCAAGCACCAAAAGAAGAAGCCUUACACGUUUUAACAUACAUUUCACAAAAUUUCCCAAUGCAAGCAAAAUCUUUAGUGCGAACGGUAGUUAACAAUGAUUUAAAAAAGGAAAUUAAAUUGAAUCAAGAAUUAUUUAGUAGCAAUUUAAAUUUACAACCCUCCGAUACUGCUUUAUUUAUUAACGGAAUGUUUUUCGAUUUAGAUAUUGUCGAUAUCAUUUCAUUGUUUGAAGUAAUUCGACAAGAGCAACGUGUUAUGCAAGGUCUUCAUAAUAUUGGGGUUAGCAAUAAGAGAAUGUCUGCACUUUUAGAAUUAGAUUUGAAUGAAGCAAGUAGUGGAGGGCAAGAAUUCGCAAUUGAUAUUCGAGAUUCAGCUAUAAAUUGGAUAAAUGACCUCGAAACGGAUUCGAAGUAUCGAGGAUGGGGUUCAAGUUUAAUGGAUUUGCUACGUCCAACAUUUCCUGGCAUGUUACGGAAUAUUAGAAAAAAUUUAUAUAAUUUAGUAUUAAUUAUUAACCCGGCCUCGCUAGAAGCAAAACCAUUGUUAAAACUUGCCGAAUCUUUUGUAGUUCAUCUUGCUCCAUUGCGAGUGGGUAUUGUUUUUGCUGUAAAUGAUUCAAAAGAUACCAUGGGUAAAACUGACCCUGAUAUUGCUAUGCUGUGUGCAUAUAACUAUGUGGCUCAAAACAAAGAUCCCGAACAAGCGUUAGGAUUCUUGACCGAAGUGUACUCAAAAGUUGAAAAAGAGUUAAGUGCUGAAGACGUUAUUUCAAUUUUCAAAGAACUAUAUCCUCGUGCAGAUAUUGAUGAUGUCUUUAGUGAGGAUUCAGAUUAUGAUUUUGGACGACAUUUAGCUAAAGAUUUCGUCCAAAGGACUGGUUUAACGACUCCGUCUGCAUUAAUGAAUGGAAUACCUCUUUUACAAUCGCAGCUAAAUGCUGAUGAAUUUGAAGAGGCUGUUCUUACGGAAGUCAUGCAACAAACACCCGUUUUUCAAAAAGCUAUUUAUCGCGGAGAAUUUUCUGAUCGGCACAAUACAGUUGACUACUUAAUGGAUAAACCAAAUGUUAUGCCACGAUUAAAUCAACGGAUUUUAACACAAGAAUCGUCACAAUUUUUGGAUAUGACUGGAUCACCAGUAAAGUUAGAUGUGUCGAAAUUGUUGCAAGCAUCAAAUCGAGAUUUAACAGCAACAGCUGUUGAAAACUUUAAAUAUUUUUCGAUAAGUAAAAAAGAAAAUACAGUGAAAAUGUUGACAUUUUGGGUAAUUGGUGAUUUAAAUUGUGCUAAAACACGAGAUUUGUUAGCAUCAGCCUUAGCAUAUGCGAAAUCAAAUAGUGAAUCACGAGUGGCGUUUAUUCCAAAUGUUCAAAAAGAUAAACCUGGCCAAGAUCAAUUAUUGAAUAAAAUUGCCUUAGCAAGUGUACAAGCAUUAACACCAGCCAAAGCAUUAAGUUUUAUGUUAACAAUGUUACGAGAAAAAGAAAUUGAACGUGAUUUAUCGAAAUAUCCAGAUGAAAUUAGAGCAAUUGUUCACGAUCAAGAAAUUUAUUUGAAAAUGUUACGAGUUUACUGCCAACGUGUUCUAAGUUUUGGCCCCGGGCAACGUGGUGUUGUCGCUAAUGGUCGGGUAUUGGGACCGUUAAACGAUGAUGAAACUUUGGAUUUAGAAGAUUUUGUGUUACUUGAACGUCAUAGUAUGAGUUCGUAUGGUGAUAAAAUUUUAAAAGCAUUAAAAAAAUUAAAUGAUGAAGACGAUAGUGAUUUAACAAGUAAUCAAAUGCUUCGAUUAAUACCACUUCUAGUAUCACGACCACAAAGCCGAUCUCGUUUCGAAAUUAAUUUCUUUACUGAUGACUACAGUGUGUUAAAAUUACCAGCAGCAAAUCCAAGUAAACCAGCAUUCGAAAUUGCUGCUAUUGUUGAUCCUGUAUCAAGAGGUGCUCAAAAAUUAGGACCAAUUUUGAAUAAUUUACAAAUGAUCUUAAAUUGUAACAUUCGGGUUUUUCUAAAUAGUGUCGAUAAAUGUAGUGAUAUGCCACUGAAAAGUUUUUAUCGCUUCGUUUUGGAGCCCGAAGUUUUAUUUACCGUAAAUGGGGCACAUUCUCCAGGGCCUAUUGCUCGUUUUUCAGGCAUGCCAACAGCACCACUGCUAACACAAAAUAUGCACGUACCUGAAAAUUGGCUGGUUAAUGUCGUUCGAGCUGUCCAUGAUUUAGAUAAUAUUCGAUUAGAAGAUGUAGAAUCGGUAGUUCAUAGUGAAUAUGAAUUGGAGUAUUUACUAUUAGAAGGACACUGUUUCGAAACAACAACUGGAGCUCCUCCACGAGGAUUGCAAGUUACCUUGGGAACCGAAUCAAAUCCUGUAUUAGUUGAUACAAUUGUUAUGGCUAAUUUGGGAUACUUCCAAUUAAAAGCUAAUCCAGGUGCAUGGAUUUUACGAUUACGUCAAGGGCGUAGUGCUGACAUCUACGAUAUUAUUAGCCAUGAAGGUAGCGACACUCCUGCAAAUUCUAAAGACAUCAAAGUAGUAAUUAGUUCACUUCGAUCGAAUAUUUUGAAGUUAAAAGUGGCGAAAAAACCUGAUAUGAAACAUAUGGAUUUAUUGGGUGAAGAAAAAUCAAAUUCUGGUAUUUGGAAUUCAAUAACAAGCUCAUUUGGAAGUGGAACUGAUGAAGAGCAAGAAGAAAAAAUCAACAUAUUUUCAGUUGCAUCAGGUCACUUGUAUGAGCGUUUCUUAAAAAUUAUGAUGUUGUCAGUAUUAAAACAUACAAAAACGCCUGUUAAAUUUUGGUUUUUGAAAAAUUAUCUUUCUCCGCAAUUUAAAGACUUUUUGCCAAUAAUGGCCAAGAAUUAUGGUUUUGAAUAUUCUCUAGUUGAAUAUAAAUGGCCACGAUGGUUACACCAACAAACCGAAAAACAGCGAAUUAUUUGGGGGUAUAAAAUUUUGUUCUUAGAUGUACUUUUCCCUCUGGAUGUUAAAAAAAUCAUUUUCGUUGAUGCCGAUCAGGUUGUUCGAGCAGACAUGAAAGAAUUGCGAGAUUUAGAUUUGGGCGGUGCUCCAUACGCUUAUACACCAUUCUGUGAUUCCCGUACCGAAAUGGAUGGUUUCCGAUUCUGGAAACAAGGAUAUUGGCGUAAUCAUUUACAAGGACGCAGAUAUCAUAUAUCUGCUUUGUAUGUUGUUGAUUUGAAACGAUUCAGACGUAUUGCGGCUGGGGACCGUUUACGUGGACAAUACCAAGCAUUGAGUCAAGAUCGUAACAGUUUGUCAAAUUUAGAUCAAGAUUUACCAAAUAAUAUGAUACAUCAAGUAGCAAUUAAAUCAUUACCACAAGAAUGGUUGUGGUGUGAAACUUGGUGUGAUGAUGAAUCGAAAAAGUACGCGAAAACAAUCGAUUUGUGUAAUAACCCGAUGACAAAAGAGGCAAAAUUAAAUGCGGCUGUAAGGAUUGUUGAAGAAUGGAAAGAUUACGAUAAUGAAAUACGAAAAUUACAGCAACAAUUACUUAACGGCGAAUUAAUAGAUGAAAUUAAGGAAUCUUCACAUUCAGCAGAACAUUCUGAGUUAUGACCUGUUCAAAUUAUUAAUAGAAAUAAUGAACAGCCAUAAUGUAAGUGUAGCAUAAUUUUCCCUCGUUAUGUGAUUCUUUAUUUUUUUUAAGCAUUAAGAAUCGUUUUAAUUAUUAUAAUUUUUCGUAAAAUCGAGAAAAAAAACCUUCGAAACAUUACCUGUUUUUGUAUAGAAUAAUUUGAACACUAAGUUUUUGAAUUUCAAUAAAAACAAAAAAGAAUUUUUUACAUUAA